AUGCGGCCUGCCAGCCCAAAGAUGAGCAGCCUCCCCGUCCUGCCCCUUUUCCUGCUCCUGCUCGCACUCCACGCUCCUCGGGCACAGGGGCGGCCCUUAACGACUUGCCGGGAACUGCUCAGCGAAAUCGAGAACAUCCUGAAAAAGCCGCCUGUGCCUUCAGAAGAACCCUUGAGCUUAAAUGAACAAUUCAUCCUGAAGGUAUUCAAGACAGUCCUGCCCACCUCCACGUCCAAGGAAAACCUGUUCAGUAUCAAGAACUGGGGAGAUUUCAGGACGAAACUGAGAGAAUAUCUGGGCACCCUUAAAAACUACCGAUCCCCUCCAGGCUCCAGCCAAGGGACGCACUGA